GCAGCUUUUGGACCUCCCCUACAGAGAUUGUAUAAAUACAGCUCAAGAUGAAGGAGGAAAAUACACAGUUGAGGAGUUUUCUUCACAAAACCUCUGCAAAAUGGCAACAGCAAAUGUACAACGGCCAAUGGCCUUACCUGUUAGACUCUGGCAUUGCCUCAGUGGAGACCCUCCGAUCCCUGUUCGGUACGAUCCAACAUUCCUGAACGCAACUCACGCCUCUCUGCUGGCUGUCAAUGACCCUGAAUUGACCCGAGCCUCCCAUUUCACUGUCACCGUGCUCAACGGAUCAGAUGGCAAAAGAGUCCCAUUGGUCCUCAAGAGCACAGACACCAUCGGCAAACUUCAGAAGAGUUUCCUACAGAAGCAGCCUGAUCUGACGGGAAGCCUGAACCUCGCCUACAACGGCAAGCCCGUCCAGGGGCACCAAAGCCUGGGAGAGCUGGGGGUGAAGGAUGGGGCUACUUUCAUCACCUUUCAGAGGUGUCAUGGAGGGUAGACGUGGAGCAAUAGAUGUGGAGGAGGGCUUUUCCCAUUCAUCUAUCCCUUGUAACUGUCCAGUGUUUCCAUACUUCUAUGAAAUAUGACCUAUCAUUACUUACAAUAUGAGUGAAAUAGUUUUCCUUCCAAAAAAUAGUAAUGAAGUAUGUUAAAAAGCAGUUUUUCUGUGUUGGAAUGGUGUGGGCGUACACCAACAACAAAAUGGAGUUGGCGUACACUGAUCAUUAAAAUAGUUAAUGCGAGUAGAUCCCUGAUUGGCCAGCUCAUCCUCCUCCUCCUCAAACCUGAGGUGGGGUUUUUAAAGGGUUUUUCUCUCCAAUUUCUGCUUUGGCCACAAAUACAAGUAUAGGAUAAAACAAAAACAUUAUCUGGAUAUGAAUUCAGAGAAUAUGAACUUUUAAAUGUGUGAUUUUCACUGGGCAUUUACUUUAACUCCAGCAGGCACAGCCAGAAGAGGACCACCCCUCAGAGCCUGGUUCCGUUCUAGGUUUCUUCCUGUCUCUCUAUGGAGUUUUUCCUAGCCACCGUGCUUCUACAUCUGCAUUGCUUCCUGUUUGGGGUUUUAGGCUGGGUUUCUGUAUAACCACUUUGUGACAUUGUGCUGAUUUAAAAAGGGCUUUAUAAAUACAUUUGAUUGAUUGACUGAUUUAACUGUCUUGCUUUGCUCUUGCCUGGUACUAGCUAAUGAAGUGAACUAUAAGCCAAUCAAUGUGACCAAUCAAUGUGAGUUAGUUCACCCCGUUAAAUGUACCGUUUGUGAGGUUUUAUUGGUAAUUUUGAUAUGCCAUUGGUGUUUAACAGUAGGUUACUACUGUAUCUGAAAUAGCUUAGUACAAAUUUCUUACUUUAUUGUAACAAAAAAUAUUUUUGCACUUUCAUGAUGUUUUCAACGACAACCAAAAAGGCUAUCCAAUCAGAAGGAUGACAAACAAAAUAAAUAAUGUUUAAACAUAUUUGUAUUUCAUUUAUUUGCAUAUAUGGGCAUUGUAUUCACCCUUCAUUAAAUAAAAACUUAAAUAUUUCAAGUA